AUCGAAAAGAUGGUGUAAUCGCAACGUAUCAUGUAGAAGAUGAAGUUGCUGUUGAUGAUUUCAUCAAAGAGGUGACCCAAACGGUGUACUUCAAUGAGGCUGAAUGUGAUGUGAAGUGUUCAUGCGCACUGUUCGAAAUGAGAGGGAUAUUGUGUCGACAUGUAUUGGCUAUUAUGAGAGUUAACAAAGUGAAAAAAGUGCCAGAAAAAUACAUAUUAGAUCGAUGGAGAAAGGACAUUAAAAGGACAUACACUCUUAUUCGAAGUUCUUAUGACUCAGUUGAUGCGAGGCUAGAAGUGAGUAGAUAUUCACGUAUCAUGAAGGUAUGCUACGAGGUUGCCACAAAUGCAGCGUCAUCUGAUAAGAAUGCCGAGGAUAUGAUACAUAAGUUACGUGAAAUGAACCUCAGCUACCUCACCAACAAGUUGCCCCUUCAAACUUCUUUCAACGUUGCAGUUACAACUGUCAAUACCACUAUAGAGGGGAGGUCAAAAAAAGUACUAAGUCCCCUUCCAGUGAGAGGGAAAGGCAGACCACCAUUUCUCAGGAAGAAAUCAAUGAUUGAGCGGGUCAGACCGACAACAAAGAAGGCUACUCAACAGAGAAAACAUAAACAGCCAUAUGGAGGAGAAACAUGCAGAAGUUUAUUUGGACAUGUAGAUAUUGGGACUGAAGAGAGUAUUCACAUUCAGCAACCACAAAAUACUACAGAGGUGUUGGAAUAUGGUGGAACCCAAUUUGGUUUUGCAAUGAGUGAGACUCAAGAAAGUGUUCAUAUUGGGGUAGAUGGAAUCCAAUUGGAACCGUUGUCUGGGACACAGCUAUGGUUAUAAGGACUACUAUAGUUGGUGAAAAGUGGGCCAAAUAUUUUGUUGUAGUGUUGGUUUGUUUUGUGGGUCUGGUUCAGACUUGGCUAUGGCGUGGAAGGGGUGGGUUGGCCUAUUUUGUGUGGCAUACAAAACCAUGCAUUUUGUUGCAUUUAAAACAAUGCAGUUUUAUGCUUUGGUUGCUUACUAAAGGAGUUGGUAUCAUAAAUAUUCUGAAUUUAUCAACUUCCCCAUGUUUAUUUGGUCAACCAAGGAGAUUGAUUUGAAAUUCCAGUUGAUGAAGAUGCAUCGGGCCUUUAAUGCUCUGUUUUUGUGUAUAUACGUACAUAUCUGAAAAGUAGUUUUUGGUCAACAAGAAAGUAUGUAUUAAACGUUUCUAGGAUUGGACGUUAGGUUUGGAGACUGCCAUGAGUAUAUAUUUAUAUGUAUAUUGUUUGUUGAUACAUA